ACUCACGCGUUGCUCAUGUCAUUUUCCACGACUUUCCUCCAACGGACUACGAGAGAUGGUGCCAACAGGUUGAAUAUUAAGCUGUCUGAUAUCAGUUUAUGUCCUGAACACUCAUUCUUUACCUUGUUUGCCCUUUUCGUACAGCCCGUGGUGCAGCAGAGGGGGUCUCCCAGCUAACGGUCAGGCCUCUGUCCAAGUGAGUGUGAGCUACGCCGAUAGCUCCAGUGCCGCAGACGCCACUUGCCAUGGCUAUCAUUAAGGCCAUUGAAGCCAAUACUGUUCAUCGGAUCCAAUCUGGGCAGGUCAUUGUCGAUCUGUGUUCUGUGGUCAAGGAGCUUGUCGAGAACAGCCUUGAUGCUAAUGCUACGGCCAUAGACGUGCGCUUCAAGAAUCAAGGACUGGAAUCCAUUGAAGUUCACGACAAUGGAUCUGGCAUCUCACCUGAUAACUACGAAGGAUUGGCCUUGAAGCACCAUACUUCCAAAUUGGCGACCUUCUCUGAUCUCAACACUCUGUCCACAUUUGGCUUCCGUGGCGAGGCUUUGUCGUCUCUUUGCGCCUUGUCUCAGUUCUCUGUCGUCACCUGCCUCGCCAGUGACGCCCCCAGAGCGACUAAGCUAGAGUUCGAGCCAUCUGGCAGGCUGAAGGGCACUACCGUCGUCGCUGGGCAGAAGGGCACAGUGGUAACGGUCAAUAGCCUAUUCCACAAUCUCCCUGUCCGGCGACGUGAACUUGAACGUAACAUCAAGCGAGAGUGGAAUAAGGUCAUCACGCUUCUCAACCAAUACGCCUGCAUACAGACUGGUUUGAAGUUUACCAUUUCCCAGCAACCCAACAAGGGUAAGCGCAUCAUUCUCUUUUCUACCAAGGGAAACACCACCGUCCGAGACAAUAUCAUCAACAUCUUCGGUGCCAAGACCACAGCUGUUUUGACGAGACUCGAUGUCGAGCUUCAGUUUGAGCCAUCAGCAGAAUCAGGCCUCACUUCAGCAAAACAGCCUGACCAAAGCGCUUCCCCUGUUCAUGUCAAAGGAUUCGUCAGCCGACCCGCGCAUGGCGAAGGUCGUCAAACUCCAGAUCGUCAGAUGUUCUUCGUCAACGGACGGCCUUGCAUUCUCCCUCAGUUUGCAAAGGUGUUCAAUGACGUGUACAGGUCGUAUAAUUCAUCGCAAUCACCCUUCAUCCUCGCCGAUAUACAACUCGACACUCAUCUUUACGAUGUGAAUGUUAGCCCAGACAAACGCACAAUUCUGAUGCAUGAGCAAAAUCGCAUGUUGGAGUCUCUACGCGAAGCUCUCACAUCCCUAUUCGAGUCUCAGGACUAUUCCAUCCCCUUGUCACACAUGGCACCAUCCAAGCCCGGAUCAUCUGUGGCCUCUUCACCAAAAUCUAGCCCCGACAAGCAGUCGCCAUUGCGUCGGGUGAUUUCAGACACGAGCAACGACGAUGUAUAUCGGUCCACGGAGAUUGAGACAGACACAGAAAGCGCAGAAAACGCAUCUGACAACCAAGGUUGUUUGACCCGGAAAUCUCAGCCGGUGACUGCUCAAGCACUUGAGUCUCCCGCCCAAGCUCUCAUGGACCGCUGGAUCGCCAAGCAAUCGAACAACACGAUUCACGAAAUAUAUUCGGGGGCCAGUGAACCCAGUGGCAGUUCUUCAGAAGCACAGCACGGAAAAUCCCCGGCCAAGCCAAUGCUAUCCAUCAAUAGUAAGGGUGUACGAGGUGAACCGUCGCAUCAAGUUUUUUCAAGGCCGAAGACCAGUAUGACGAACCUUGGGAUCACAGAAAAUUCGACAAGCUCUAGAGAUCCAGUGUUCCCAGAUCAAGACCCACUGUUGUCCACUUCGAAGACCAUGUUUGUCAGUCCUACAAGCAUAUCACGAAUUCAACGCAAGACAGGCAGCCCUAGGAUGGUACCACUAUCUCCCGAGGCGCCUGCUGGAGCUGCUAGCGCACAUACAAGUGCGAAGGGAAACCCUCACGAACCAGCAUCACAUCGAGAACCCAGUCUGCCAUCGUCUCCGAUAGACGCAUUACGCCCAGACGAUAAUCAGUUGAGGAGCUAUAUAGCCUUCAGUGGCUGCCAGAAGCCAACGGCAUCUCACGCCCAAAGCACCGCAACAGAAGUUAGGGAAAACAACCAACAUCUCCAGCGUGCCACUCUCAGAAACGAUGAAGACCUUGAGGUGGCCUAUGCUCCCCCGUCUAAAAAAACCCGAGAACCGAGCAUGGCCGAUUCAGACUCUGACCACCAAGUCCUCGUUGAUGCAGACCCGGACAGCGUUGAUGAUCAGAGCGAUGUUGUGAGCGAAAAUUUGUCGAAUAGCGCUGGUCAUGAUCCGGAUGAAGAGCCUCAAGCUUCAUAUCGAGAUGAUCAGAGUAGUGCUGACUCGGAGCCUCGUGACCGAAAUAGGGCCAGGUCAGGGUUUGAUGCGUUAUCUUGGAUCUCCAAGCGUAAAGAUGCAACAUUGCGAUAUGAGCAAACUGUCAAAACUGAUGAAGCGGAUCUUGCUGCCUGGUCUGAGGAAGAGGCAAGUGAAGGCAAGGGGCUUUCCGGCAGUUCAACCUCCGCUGCUGUCAAGGCCGGCCUCGAAGCCGAAAACGCCGAGGAUAAGCUCUCGCUCAUCAUCUCCAAAUCAGAUUUCGAUGACAUGGCAGUAGUCGGCCAAUUUAACCUAGGGUUUAUACUUGCUGUCAGGCACGCGAGUGGCAGUGCAAAUGGUGAGCAUGAGAAAAGCCAUGACAGCUUGUUCAUCAUCGAUCAACAUGCAUCAGAUGAGAAGUACAAUUUCGAAAGGCUCCAAUCAUGCACUACCGUACAGUCACAACACCUAGUUCAGCCCAAACAGCUCGAGCUUACUGCUCUUGAGGAGGAAAUUGUGAGGGAAAACAUUUCGGCUUUGGAGGUCAAUGGCUUCAAGGUACGCAUCGACGACUCGGGAUCGCAGCCAGUGGGAUUGCGAUGUGAACUUGUGGCUCUGCCCCUGAGUCGUGAGACGACAUUUACAUUAGCGGACCUCGAAGAACUCAUAUCAUUGCUGGGUGACCAUGAUCUAACGGGCACGAGCCCUGCGCCUCGGCCUUCCAGAGUGCGGAAGAUGUUUGCCAUGCGAGCGUGUCGGAGCAGCAUCAUGGUCGGCAAAGCAUUGACGCAUCGACAGAUGGAAAGGUUGGUAAGACAUAUGGGAGAACUGGACAAGCCUUGGAAUUGCCCUCAUGGCCGACCAACAAUGCGACACAUCUAUGAGCUCGCCUCCUGGGAUGAAAACUCCUGGGUUCGGAAUAUGGGUCAGCGAAAUACAGCGCAAGAAAACGUCGCCUGGGCUUCGUAUGCACGCACUGAGGCUUAAAUUCAACGAUUAGCUAGGUCGCGAACGUUCUUGGAAUAUGAAAAGCAGCCAGGCGCAGAUUUCAUCAAAUUUUACAUGCCUUUGGGUCAC